CACCGGUUCACCCCCCCGCAGCUCCCGCCACCGACUCCACAUCGCCCCCGCCCGGCUCCUGCGGACGUCGCGCUGCGGCCUGGGUGUCGAUGAUUCCGGCUAAGUGAGGAGCUGCGGCUUUGGGAGCGGUUCUGGAUCCACCUCGUCCGCCGGGCGAACCGAGCGCUCAUGGAGAAGAGCAUCAGCUACGACAGCAUCGCGUCCAAGCGGUCGCCGUCCAGGAGCGGCUCCGACUCCAGGCCGCCCAGUGCCGGCUCCGUGAGCAGUACCUCCUCGUCUGUAUCUGAGCAGUCUGUGUACAACAAGACUACUACAGUUAUGUCUUCUGAUUCUGUUUCUUCUGCAGAUUUUUCUUCAGAUUUCAGGACGUUCAGGGAUGGCAACAAACUGGCUCAAAUGGAGGAAGCACCAUUAUUACCAGGAGAAGCGAUUAAAGAUAUGGCCAAAGAUGUUACCUAUAUUUGCCCUUUUACUGGUACUGUGAAAGGAACACUGACUGUUACAAACUACAGACUGUAUUUCAAAAGCUUGGAGCGGGAUCCACCUUUUGUUCUUGAUGUUCCUUUGGGUGUGAUCAGUCGUGUUGAAAAGAUUGGUGGAGCAUCCAGCCGAGGGGAGAACUCUUAUGGUCUUGAAAUCUUUUGUAAGGAUAUUCGGACCAUCCGUUUUGCUCAUAAACAAGAAGGUCAUACUCGGCGAUCUAUUUUUGAGAACUUAAUGAAAUAUGCAUUUCCCACAUCCAAUAAUUUGCCAUUAUUUGCGUAUGAAUACAAGGAAAUAUUUCCAGAGGAUGGCUGGAAAGUUUAUGACCCUGUUGCAGAAUAUAGGAGAAUGGGUCUACCCAAUGAAAGCUGGAAAUUGAGUAAGAUAAAUGAAAACUAUGAACUUUGUGAUACUUACCCUGCUGUACUGGUUGUCCCUGAAAAUGUCCCAGAAGAUGAGUUGAAGAGAGUAGCAGCUUUCAGGUCAAGAGGCCGUCUACCAGUAAUAUCAUGGAUACAUCCAGAGAGUCAGGCAACAAUCACUCGCUGCAGUCAACCUCUGGUUGGUAUGAGUGGCAAACGCAGCAAAGAUGACGAAAAGUUUCUACAGAUUAUAAUGGACUCCAAUGCACAGUCUCAUAAGAUCUUUAUCUUUGAUGCUAGGCCCAGUGUUAAUGCUGUGGCUAACAAGGCCAAAGGAGGUGGCUAUGAAAGUGAAGAUGCCUAUCAGAAUGCAGAACUGGUCUUCCUUGAUAUCCACAAUAUACAUGUAAUGAGGGAAUCCUUACGGAAAUUGAAGGAAAUUGUUUAUCCCAACAUUGAAGAAUCACAUUGGUUGUCUAAUUUGGAAUCCACACACUGGUUAGAACAUAUUAAGCUAAUUCUUGCUGGUGCUUUGAGGAUCGCUGACAAAGUUGAAUCUGGAAAGACAUCUGUUGUGGUGCAUUGCAGUGAUGGCUGGGACCGAACAGCUCAGUUGACAUCUUUGGCUAUGAUUAUGUUGGACAGCUAUUACCGUUCAAUUAGAGGCUUUGAAGUUCUUGUUGAAAAAGAAUGGCUUGGCUUUGGCCAUAGAUUUCAACUUCGAGUUGGACAUGGUGAUAAGAACCAUACAGAUGCAGACAGGUCACCUGUCUUCUUGCAGUUUAUUGACUGUGUGUGGCAGAUGACAAGACAGUUCCCAACAGCCUUUGAGUUUAAUGAGUUCUUCCUCGUAACAAUCCUUGAUCAUUUGUAUAGCUGUUUGUUUGGAACAUUCCUUUCAAACAGUGAACAGCAAAGAGUAAAGGAGGGACUUCAAAGAAGUACUAUUUCACUAUGGGCUUAUAUAAAUAGCCAGUUGGAAGAGUUUACUAACCCCUUCUAUGUGAAUUACUCGAACCACGUGUUGUAUCCUGUGGCAAGCAUGCGUCAUCUAGAGCUUUGGAUUGGAUACUAUAUCCGUUGGAACCCAAGGAUGAGACCACAGGAGCCUAUUCAUCAGCGUUACAAGGAGCUUUUGGCAAAGCGAACAGAGCUUCAGAAAAAAGUAGAAGAAUUACAGCGAGAAGUUUCUAACAGAUCUGCUUCCUCAUCAGAGAAAGCGGGCUCACCAUCACGUUCAGUUACACCAGAGCAGACUGCUGUUUGAAACUUGAAUACAUUAAAGAAUAUAUUAAUAGGUGAGGGCAAUAUAUACAAGGCUCUUCUGAAGCUUUAAGAAAAAAAUAUUCAUGCAUUCAACCAAGGAUAUAUAUGCAAGAUUACUUUAACUUAUAAAUAUAUCUUUUUAGUAAGAACAAUAAUUGCUAUUUGAAACAAAUAUUUCAAGUGUUGCAAGCAGAUAGACUAUGAAGCAGUUUGUUGAUUUGGAAGCAAGUUUUAUUUUGUUGCACUGAUAAGAUUAACUACCAUUGUUCUCUUUAAUUCUAAGAUUAGCAUUUAAACUUGUAGCCAAUAAUCAGUGUGUUCAUAUGUUUUAGAUCUGUUUGCUUUCUGUAGUUUGCCACUACAGUUCCCAACUGUUCCAUACUGGGUUUCUUGCCUCCCUCUCUUUUAACAGGAGGGAUAAUAAAACAAAUGAUAAUUCAACAUACCUGGUAGGUAAGAAACAUGUUAAAGUAUAUGUGUGGUAAAAUAUAUAUGGAAAAACUAUUGUAAGGGGAAAAAUGACUUCUAUAACUGUGCAGGUAUGUUGACUGUGACCAGAAAUGGUAAUUUACUCACUCUGUGCUGUGUAGACUUUUUAAAAAAUGUUAGUUUUAUAUCUUAUUCAAAUCAAAUUGCCAUUUUGGUAUUGCAAAAAUAUUGCUACCAUUGUAUUGUAACUCAGUUCACAUUUGCACUGGAUUGAUCAGUACAACUAAAAGUACUGAAAAUCAGUUAUGUAUUUUUCUAUCUGAAAUAUAUUGUAUAUUAAACUAUGACAGCCAAGUUUCCAUUGACCAAAACCAACUGUCCUGAUGGCAAGGCACAUGAGAAACACAGCUAGUGCCACCUUGUUUUUUUUUGUGUGUGUGUAAACAACCAGCUUUCUUGAAUCCUUUCUUUAAUCUGGCAUUAGGCAUGUACUUGAACAGAGCAUUUUUUAAUGCACAAAAAAAUUAUUUUGUUAAAUUGUAUUUUCAUAUAUAUAUAUAGAAGCUUUAGAAAUUAGUUACGUUAGUAAAAUGUCUAGUUUUUUUGAAUAAAUUGGGAAAUGUAUCUAAAACAUGAAAUUUGUAGUGUAGGCUCAAUCAUUAAACCAAACCUGUAUUUCAGGAUUAUGUUACUGGGGUGUAAGUAACCAGAUUACUGCUGUGUGUAAAGGUAUUUCAGGAAUUACUGAUAUCAAUUUAGAAAGCUAAAUUAUGAUGAAUCUUCUGUAUGUAUCUGUCCUAAUCUUAAAAAAAAACAAUUUAUGAUUAAUUAUAUUGAAAAUGAUUCAGCCCAUUUUGGGGCUGAAAACUACACUCAAUGACUUCAAACAUUUAGUUUUCAGGUUAAAUUCUUGCUACAUUUUGCCUGAUUAGCAGUUUCACAUUUUAGGUCCAAGAUUUGUCAAGAGUGUUAAUCUAAAUUAGCAUAUUCCAAAUAAUACUAUCAUAUAGUCUGCUAAUGUUGGUCUAUUGCAAACCUUGCUGCUAAGGUCAUAAAAGGUUACUGAUUAUUGCAAAUUCAACAGCACCAAAGCAUCAGCAAUCUAUCUCCUUUGAAGGAAAAGUAAUUGGAUUUUAGAAUUUUAGCUUUUAUGUGUUAAAUUUAAUAGAUCUAAUCCAAAUUUAAUCUAGUUAAAUGUACUGAUGUGAGUACAAGAAUUUCUGCUGCUUUAAUCUAACUUGCACAGAAAAUAUGUAUAUGUAAGUAAAAAUAUUUACUUCCUUAGAAUCUUUCUUAAGCAGUAGAGCAUGACUGCGGGUUUAAGGAUGCAGGAGGUUUUGGGCAAAGAUGAGAGGGGAUCUGAUUGAAACGUAUAAGAUUAUUAAGGAAUUGGACACGCUAGAGGCAGGAAACAUGUUCCCGAUGUUGGGGGAAGUCCAGAACCUGAGGCCACAGUUUAAGAAUAAGGGUAGGCCAUUUAGAACAGAGUUCAGGAAAACUUUUUCACCCAGAGAGUUGUGGAUCUAUGGAAUGCUCUGCCUCAGAAGGCAACGGAAGUCAAUUCUCUGGAUGCUUUCAGGAAAGAGUUAGAUAGAGCUCUAAGAUAGCGGAGUCAAGGGAUAUGGGGAGAAGGCGGGAACAGGGUACUGACUGUGGAUGAUCAGCCAUGAUCACAUUGAAUGGCAGUGCUGGCUCGAAGGGCUGAAUGGCCUACACCUGCACCUAUUGUCUAUAAUAAAUUACACAUGGAUAAAAUCAUUUAAUUCUCAUCAUUCCCUCAAUUACAACGAGCAAUAGAAAAGAAGUGAAAGAAAGAAAGACUCCAAAGUGCAGGCUUUACUGCAUUUUAUUGAUACUAAAGCAUCUAUGUAAUUGCAAAAAUAACCAUUUUAUUUUUAUCAUAUCAGAAUUUAUUUUGAAUUAUUUAGGACAUAAAUUACCUUUCAAAGUGGGCCAAAAUAACAUUGUAAUUGUGCAAAUAUUUUUAUAAUUUUAGUAAAAAAGACUGGUUUUGACUAAUUGAUGUUCUUUGAGUAGAUAUUCUGGGAGAAUAUUUAAAUGACUGAUGUUCAUACAUUGCCAGAAAUUGAUUUGACUGUCUGAAGGUAGUUGGAUUGAGAGGACAUUUUCAAAUUGAAGCUAGAAAUCUGCUAUAAACAAGGCAAGCCACUUAUAACUGAACAUUAUCAGAUCAAUUGAAAGUAUUUUUCUUUCAUGUAAGUUAUCUCCUAAAUGUGUACUACUAUGUACAAUAUUAUUUAAGGAAACAAAAUCUGAAACGUCUCAGCUUCAUUUCAUUUUCUAAAGUAAGACUGAGCUUAACUCUGAAAACCUGUAAUCAUUUUUCCCCAGAAAAUGGUUGGUUUGACAUCUGACACACCUGGUUAUGUUUCUUGCAUAGCCAUUAAGCUUACUAGGUCCAUCUUCCAGUGCUCCCUUUAAAUUCACCAGAGGGCCUGUCCCUGUUCCCCCGUUUAAACAUGGCUCACUGAAGAAUUAUUAUACUACAGCAUAACAAAAAUAGUCAUUGUGGUAUUAAUAGGAAUAAUAUAUAGUCUGGAAAAUCUGCAAAUCAGGUUCCUCCAAAGUUGCAAAAGUGAGGAAUUAUCAGAAUUUUACUAAAAUAAUACGAGAACAUCUAUUAACACCAGGCCCAUGCAAGUAUACUUCAAAAACAGUUGGGGAGAGAAAGAAAAAUACCAAAUAGUCAUAUUGAGUGUGAUUUGUUAUUGAAGACAGUUGGGACAGGAUUUCCGAAAAGAAACACUGUAGGUUUGAAUGCUAUAAAUAGUGAGCAUGUUUUUGUUUUAUAAAAGGUCUCCUACCUGAAAGUCAGUCUAAUUGGCUCCCUAAUGUGCAGAACGCUCCAAGGAUAGUACAGUUUAUGAGCAAAUAUUUUUCCUGGUGUUUAAGUUGCACAUUGCCACAGAAGGGAGGUACAUUGUGGGAUGGGUCAAAGUUAAGUGAAUGACAGGUAGAAACAAUUUUUGUUGUACGAGCAGUAAGUAGAAGCUUGGUUUCCUGAGCACCUUGCAACUAACUGUAUUUGGCAUGUACAAAAUCUGUAGCCGAUGUAGCAAAGUGAGCACCCCACCUCUAAGCGUAGGUAGGGUAUCCACUUAACUGAAACUUUGCGUGUUUGUUAAAAACAGAAGAAGCCAAAUUCAAGACUUGGAUUUGAAUAAUUUUACACCUUAAUACAAUUUUUUUUCAGUGUUAAAAUUACAUUUGUGCGGUUGCAAAUGGAAAAUUCUCAACUACAUGGAAAGGUGGGCAAGUCCUGUUCCCUGAGAUGUAUACCUUAAGAUGUUUAUCGGCAGAUUGCAAUUAACUCUUAUUACUUCCUUUAUUCUGGAUGAAUUUCAUAAUUAAUGAUGAAACAAAUCAAACUCAUCUCAGUCUGUAGUUUUAGGUUUCACAAAUUACCAUAUAAGACUUCUCCUUUUGGUUGAAUAUAUUAUUGUUAAAUAUAUGUAAAACAGAAGUAAACAAAACUAGAAUUGUUAAAAUGUUCAGUUAAAUCCUGAAUGUACUUUGAUGUAAUUUAUUAGACAGUUCUAAUUGAUAAGGUUUACCAUUUUUGAUGUUUGUCUGAAUGAUCUUUUACUAUAUCCCUGAUCUAUGUUGAAUUUUCUGAUUUGAAUAAGCAGGAGCAAUGAAGAGUGUUAAGGAAAGAUAAUUAGGUUAGAGUAUAAAUUCCCAUCUUAUUCUCUAGUGACCUUUGCUUGAAGUAAACACACAUUUUAGAGGGGAAUAAGAGCACAUUUGAUGUGAUAUUUUCCAUUUCAACUGACUUACCAACACAAAUGAAUGCCAGUCUGCUGUGCAAGUUUUUAUUUAUUCAUUUUUCAGGAUUUGAAUGCUGCUGGCAAGGCUAGCAUUUAUGAGACAUUCCUAAGUGUCCUUGAGAAGGUUGUGCAAGGGCAUUUAAGAGUCAACCCCUUUAGUUGGCUGUGAAGUAUCAGCAAGAUCAUGUCAGGAUAAUAGGUCUUCUCCCCUUUUAAUAUUAAUUUAACUUACGCAGUUGUAUUGGUGGAUUUAAAUGUUUUGUCCCUCUGUCUGAUUGAUAAUCUCAUUAUUGGUCUGUCACUGGAGUUUGCAAUCCUUAAAUCCACAAAACUGUCUUUCUUUCGAUGACACUUUUAAAGAGGUUUAUCUGAAAUGUAAGAAUAGAAAGGAUAGAGGUUUGCAAUCAAAAAGGCAUGCUGUGAUUGAUCAAAAAAACUUUUUAGGAAAGUGAUUUUGCUACUUGCCCCAAAUCAUUGAAGAACAGUGCUAGUUAGAAAAGCUUUCUUAGUGAACCACCUUGCGAUUAUUGGACAUAAGUAACAUCUUGUGUUCUUGUCAACUC